GUGUAUAUUUAUUACCUCAUUGUGAUAUUUUUAGUGGUGUCUUUUAGCCUGUACAAUCACAGCUGCGUCUCAUGUACUCAUCAUUACAGUUGUUACAGCAGGUAGAUUUGAGGAGAACCUUAUUCAACCAUUUAACAUGUACAGCAUUCUCUCCCUUGCUGUACUGUACACAGGUGUAAACUGGUUGGGUUUGUACACUAAGUAUUUAACUGAGCGAGCACAGAGAAAAGCUUUUUUAGAAACGCGAAGAUCUUUGGAAGCAAGGUUCAGAUCUCAGAAGGAGAAUGAAAGACAGGAGAAACUACUUUUAUCUGUUCUUCCUUCCUUUGUUGCUCAGCAGAUGAUAAGAGAUAUAGCACUGGAGGAGGAAAAAUCACAGGGCGAAUUCUUGGCAUCUCAGUUUCACAAGAUAUACAUUCAUAGAUAUGAGAAGGUUUCUAUCCUAUUCGCAGACAUUAAAGGAUUUACAGCCCUGUCAACUCAAUGUUCCCCCGAGGAGCUUGUUCGGAUCCUAAACGACCUGUUUGCCAGGUUUGACCGGCUAGCUCAGAACAAAUCCUGUUUGAGGAUCAAACUUCUAGGAGACUGCUACUAUUGCGUGGCAGGCUUACCAAUAGCCAGGGUUGACCAUGCAGAUUGCUGUGUUAAACUAGGACUUGAGAUGAUUGUAGCAAUUGAUCUUGUAAAAGAGUUCUAUCCGAAUGCUGAUCUUGCAAUGCGCAUAGGAAUACACUCAGGGAGUGUUUUAUGUGGAGUUCUCGGACUUAGAAAAUGGCAGUUUGAUGUCUGGAGCACUGAUGUUACCAUUGCAAACCACUUGGAGUCUGGAGGAAUACCGGGUAAAAUUCAUGUAUCUCAAGCAACAAUGGAUGCGUUGGUGAACACUUACAAGGUCGGAGAGGGAAAAGGAGGAGACAGAGAUCAAUAUUUAGCAGAUAACAAUAUCAAAACAUAUCUGAUAGAACGCAAUGAUUGUGAAGAGGGUGGGGUAGCAUCCCCUCCACCAAAUACGGAGAGAUGGCACCCAUCUACAGAAGAGAGUGGGAUAGCAUCCCCUCCACCAAAUAUGGAGAGAUGGCACCCAUCUACAGAAGAGAGUGGGAUAGCAUCCCCUCCACCUAAUACGGAGAGAUGGCAUCCACCUAAAGAAAAGGGUGGGGUAGCAUCCCCUCCACCUAAUACGGAGAGAUGGCAUCCACCUAAAGAAGAGGGUGGGGUAGCAUCCCCUCCAUCUAAUACGGAGAGAUGGCAUCCAUCUAUAGAAGAGGGUGGGAUAGCAUACCCUCCACCUAAUACGGAGAGAUGGCAUCCACCUAAAGAAGAGGGUGGGGUAGCAUCCCCUCCAUCUAGUACGGAGAGAUGGCAUCCAUUUACAGAAGAGGGUGGGAUAGCAUACCCUCAAUCUAAUACGGAGAGAUGGCAUCCACCUAAAGAAGAGAUUGGGGUAGCAAUCCCUCCAUCUACUACGGAGAGAUGGCACCCAUCUACAGAAGAGAUUGGGGUAGCAAUCCCUCACAUUAAUACAGAUGAUAGGCCCAAACUUUCAGUAAUUGGGGGUGGGACAGCUAUCCCUUCCCUAGAUACUGAGAGUAAGCCCACAACUACAGUAAACGAAGGUCGGGACGCCAUCCCUUCCCUAGAUACUUUGAGUAGACACACACCUACAGUAAUUGAGGGUCGAUCAGCCAUCCCUUCCCUAGAUACUGAGAGAAGAGAUGACGAGUCUAUGGAAAAUCCACAAGAGAACCGUGUGAUAAUGUCGAAACAGCUUGGAAUUGAAAAUGGAUACUUGUUUUAUAACUUUAAAGAAGAAAACACUUUGUUCUCCCAAACUGCACCAAACGAGAAUAAAGAAUCUUUCCAAAGCAUCACAAAAACAGAUAUGGCAUUAUCCAAAUGCUUUAAAAAAGAAAAUAAUCUGUUCUCACAAACCAAAAUAAACGAAGAUGAUGUAUCCUACCAAACCACACAAAAAGAGAAAAUCAUGAACUCACAAUCUCUAGAAAAAAUAAUCGAGGUGUCCUCGAAGCAACAUAAGGACUCCCAACUAACUGCCACAAAUCUGUUGUCUACUUCACAAUUCAAGGACAUAACACCAACAAGCGUAGAUGUUCAUUACCUGACUCCGAUGAACAAAAGAAACAAUUUAUUUUCUCCUCUCAAGACAAGAAGAAAUGCUGGUGAAAAAUCUUCUGUACCCCUGAGGCUUCCUGUACCUAAGAUCACUAUCAGCCUGCCACCAGGAGAGGAAGGAGAAGGAGGCUGUGGUUGGGCACCAGGAGAGGAAGGAGAAGGAGGCUAUGGUUGGGCACCAGAAAUACCUUUUGUAGAUCUUACGGAGUCAGAAAGACAGCUUGAAAGAAAAGUUAGCUUGGAGGAGGAGCUGGAUAAUCUGAUGGAUAUUUCUAUCGAGAUCGCCAGCAACAAGCGCAUGAAGAGGGACUAUAUUAAUGCUUUCAGAUUGACAUUUCGAGACAGUGAGCUGGAAGUAAGAUAUUGUGCACAAAGAGAUUAUAUGUUCAAAUCAUCUUUGUUUUCCCUUACUGCACUUUGGGCAUUUAUCUUUAUCAGUCAGAUACUUCAAGUUCCAAUACAUAGAGAAUGGUGUAUGGUUUUAAACAAUAAAACAAUACAGGAUGGAGAUGCUGAUGUAGAGUGUAGUUUUGUUUACACCCUUUCAUGUACUGCGGUUAUUUUGUUCACAUUGGUUUUACAACUAGGAAAUUUAUCAUUAUUAUCAUUUAUCUCCUUGUCGUUGAGCUCGGUCCCUCAGAAGACCUAA